AAGCUGGGGCUGGAAAGACAGCAUUUCGGAUUUGUGAAGAAAAACCCAUUCGCUCAUAAAGAUAAGUCGCAGUUCUGGUCAAUCUUUUUAAAAUGGCAAACGUGACGCCUUCCAUGAUUUCAAACGAUACGGCAAUGGAUGACGAUGCCAUGGCGAUUGCUACCAAGAUGCAUUGGUAUUCCAGUGUCGUUUUCGGAAUCAUUUUCAUGAUAAUUGGACUCACUGGAAAUAGCUUAUCAAUCUUGGUGUGGAGACGGAAGGCGAUGAGAUCUUCUACCGGAACGUACCUGAUUGCUCAGGCGAUAGCAGAUUCUGGUCUGCUGGUAUUCUUCUUCAUCAUAGAUACGAUCAAAAUGAUUUGGCCCGAGAUCGCGAAGAGUUAUGCGUAUGGGAGUUUCUUUUCGUACAUCGGCUAUCCGAUUUUCUUCCUGUUUGUUGUCUGUAGUAUCUGGCUGACGGUCGGGGUCACUGUCGACAGGUACAUACAGGUGUGCUGGAUAAUGCACGCCAAGACGAUGUGCAACGACAAAAAAGCUUACACAGGCAUUGGUAUCAUCACAUUUCUGUGCUUCGUCAUCAACUUGCCGCAUUUUAUGACGUACCAACCGCUAUCCGCGGACAUGCGCGGUCCUGAUGAAGCAGCUUUCGGCCCAACAGAGUUUGGAGCUGGUGAGGGAAGCAUGCGUUAUGAAUUCUGGGUCCACUGUAUGUUCCUCGUUCUGGUUCCCUGGGCAUCCAUCUUCAUUCUGAACAUGCUGAUUAUCCGUCAGGUUUCCAGCGCUAAUAAACGAAUGGAGGACAAGAGGAGUUCUUUCGCUAGCGAAAAGGGCAAAAGGUCAGAAAGCCAAAUCACCCGCAUCCUCUUGACAGUGACCUUCACCUUCCUCGUGCUGAUAGCUCUUCAGUGCAUCACCCAAUGCUUUUUCAUGUUGAAGAAUGCAAAGGGUGACAGAAGGAUCAUCAACGAAGCCUUUGCUGUGGCCAAGCUUGGAAUCGUCAUCAAUUCUUCAAUCAACUUCUUUCUCUACUGCUUAACUGGUCGACGCUUCCGGAAGGAACUUGGUCAUGUCCUGUUUCGUAACUGCGCAUGUGCACGGAGUCACAUCAACAUGCACGAGUCGAGUACAAGCGACAGCAGUAGAUCAAGCGUCCAAAAGAGCAAGUCGUCCCUGACAUCUUCUUCAAAGCUCUAAUUACGACAACAAUGACUUGUGAUCUGAGACACAGGAGUACACGUUUUGUUACUUAAUAUUCGUCAGUCUUUAGCUUUAAACGUACGUGUUCCAUAAGUUUACAGUGUUAGAACUUCGUCCAAUGAUAAGAUGAUCCAAAGGAAUUAUUGAAUAUGAGAAAAUAGAUUGUCCUAGUUCUUUUAAAUUCGCUAUCUGCUACCACAAUUAACAGCGAAUAUUUGUAUUCAAAACAAAACCAGUGUACAGGGCAAGUUCAAAAAUGUGAAUUUUGUAAAUACAUUUGCUUGAUUUAGGGACUAAAUGCACGCUAUUGUUGUUAUCGGCUUUGUUUUAUCUGUUAAAAUAUAUUUUUUCAUUAAUCAAAUAUUGAUAUUGGUUUACAUGUGUUUUGUUUUCAUAUUUCCAUUUUCAUAUUAAUAUUUUAGCGAAAUAUUUUGUAGUUACUCAACCUAACACGUUCGCAUGAACUGGAACGAUGAACAUUUGGAAAUUGUCCACCAACUGAUAUUCGAAAUAUUGACCAACGAACGUUAUGUUAAUGCUGGUACAGAAAAUAGGGAAGUUGUGAAAUGAAGUACUUAGCCCCGGAACUAAAUGCUCCGAAGUCUAGGUUUUAUCUAUUAAUCAAAAUUGGAUAUCUAAGUUGAUAACUGAAACUUAAUCUCGAAAUAAUUAUUAAUUUCAAUUCCUAAUGCCCAUCGGAGGUAUUCUCGUAGCAAAGCAGAAGCUGCAUUGUAAUGUUUAUCGAGGAGGUAUUCACAUACAUACAAAUUAAUAUGUUAUGUGUCCUUGGGAAGUCAUGGAUUCCUCAAUAUUUUCACUACAUAAAUAUUUAUUGAUUUGUGUGUCUAAUCACAAUAGUGUACUACACAAAGGUUAUUUUGUGAGUGUAGUUAUAAUUAAUUCCGGGUUAACAUAGAUCAGGUAUUCCAAAUAAUACAGAUAGUUAAAUUAUUCUGACAUGCUAUCAACUUCUAAGUAAGCCAUUCGGCGGGUUUUCGCGAUAGAAACAAAGCAAAAGGGCGAGGUGACAGACAUCAGUUACAGUAGCUUUUGGUUAAACCCAUCGCUUUUCGUCACAAAAAACACAUCAAAAUAAAACCAGACUUAUAUGACGGCCACAAGCGAUAAAGACUGAGUACAGCUAGGUAUAUAAUUACUCAUUAUUGUCAUUACUGUACGAUAGCUAUGUAACUGAAGUAAUUCGCUGUCAUUUAUCACGUUCACAUCGCAGGCGACAAUGGAUCAGAUAUAUGGACUCCGAGGUCAAUAUUACAUGAAGUGGCGUAUCGCCAUAUUCGUCCCUACAGGUCCGCUUGUUGUCAGUAGGGAAAACUCGGGCAUUAUGAAAGGAAACCUGUUUCGAUCCUAGAAUUCAUUGAUCAAGUUAGGAUAAAGAAAUUGAACUAAUGACGAAUUUUGUAAUAUAUGAAGAACAUUUCUUUUGAAAAUUACCUUUUGCACUUAAAAUUCUAUGUAUUUUUCGGCAUUUACGCGUUUUACUACAACUCAACUGCCAUAUAACUCCCUUUGUCUACAUUUCACAGAUAUUAAGCCAACACUGGCGUCAUUUUCGUCAACUUUUUUUUCAGUAUUUUUUUUUAUUUUGCUCUUAUCUUGCUAUGAACAUUGGCUAGCAUCAUAACAAUAUUUUAUUGAAUACGUGUAUUUAGAUAUGCUGUUGUCUAUAUGACGUACCAGACAUUUAUUGUGUUUACAUUUACCAGAAAGGCAGUUAAAAUCCACUAAAUACGACAUUGCGAAGUUUGUAAAUGUAUAUAUUUUAUCUUGUUAAUAAAAUGUUGUAUCGCA